GCAGCUGGAGGGGAAUUUGGCUGUCGCAGGCGUGAGAUUGAACGGACUGACGAUGUUUCAGCGAUGACGCGAAACGGGAGCGCUGGAGCCCUGCAGUUGCAUCAGAUAUUAUAUAGCGAUGGAGAGAGGCUGUGAUAAGCUGUGAAUUACACCAACAGCGAUCGGGGCACCACGCACCACGCAAACACCACGCCCGGCGAUCGUCUUUGCCCUCGUCCUCGCACCCGCACACGUCAUGGCGCUGGCCACAAGCUUGUUUUUGGCUGCCGUCGACAUCGGCGAUCAAGAAGCCUCGCAUGCUUUGGAGACGUGCAAGAGGGCCGCUAUUGGCCGCUAAGCUGUAGAUCCGCCAUCACUGGAGCGAGUUGGGUGGCCACCGAAGACAAGACCGAGUGUGUAGCUGAACGGGUAGAUAAGCAAUAUGACGAGACUGAUGGACCGAGUUGAUGCAGUGGACGGACUACAGAGAGAUUGAGUGUAGAUGGAAGAUGAGAGAAGCCCCAUGUAGGUGAUAUCUUGCCAGUGCCUUGCAUGGACGACCCCAAGAAUAGACUUUGUCAAGGAGCUGAGCAGCCU